GAGAACAAACGAUUAUCCAAACAACUGAUAGUCCACACUAGUUUUAUACGCAUGGAAGAAAUACAACCCCAGCACUCGACGGAUAGGAUUGGUCAAUGAAGUCAAGCAAGUUUGAUCGGGACAAGAAAUAAUCAAGUCGGAACCUUCUUGUGAAUUGGUUCAGUGAAUUGCAUGCUCAGUUACUCUCCAGGCACACACAGACUCCUUGUGUACUUCUAAUUGAUGAAGCCCCUUCCGUUGCCGUACCCUUAAGCUGCAUCAUCCUCCACGAAAUUACCCAGUGCUUUCCUAGAAAGUAUUAUUUGUUCGUUUGCUUCAUCAAAAGAAAAAAAAGAAGCAUGUAAGGCUUUGAUCUUGAAAGUGGGAAGGAUAAAUUGUUCAUGGUGUAUUGAAUUAGCCGUGUCGUGGAAGGGACUUGGUCCGUGCUUUUCCAUGCAAAUUUAUAUACCGAAGGCAAGUUAUCUCCCAUGUGCUACAAUCUUUGUGUCUCAGUUGCUCUGCUUCUUACCUUGAGGACCCUCAGAUGACUUGUAACCAUGUGUAUCAAAUAUAUUCUGGUGUUGAUAUGUCUGUGGAAUUGGUCUGGAUCGUUGGCUUUUACAACUGUUAAUGAUGGUCUGCUGAGGAUUAGUCUGAAAAGGAGGAGUUUAGACAUUAACAGUCUUCGUGCUGCAAGAAUCCAGGAGGCUGUUCAUCCCAGAACUCUUGGGAGCUCCCAUAAGAAUAAUAAUUUAGAAAAAGCAGCUGUAGUGUAUCUCAAAAAUUAUCUCGGUGCUCAAUACUUUGGGGAAAUUAGUAUCGGUUCUCCUCCACAAAGCUUCAAUGUUGUGUUUGACACUGGAAGCUCUAAUCUUUGGGUCCCAUCUUCUAAAUGCAUCUUCUCUAUUGCCUGCUAUUUUCAUUCCAAGUAUAGGGCGCGACUAUCUAAAACUUACACCAAAAUUGGAACACCUUGCAAAAUUCCUUAUGGCCGUGGAUCAAUUUUGGGCUUCUUCAGCCAAGAUAGAGUUAGAGUUGGGGAUAUCACCGUCAAACAUCAGGAAUUUGUUGAGAUAACAAAGGAAGGAAAUUUGGCAUUUUUGGCUCACCAGUUUGAUGGGAUACUUGGGCUUGGAUUUAAGGAUAUUGCGGUUGGACAUGCCACACCAGUGUGGUAUAAUAUGAUCAAACAAGGGCGAUUAAGUCAACCACUUUUCUCCCUUUGGCUGAAUAAAGACUCAAUGUCAAAGAUAGGGGGUGAGAUUGUCUUUGGUGGUGUUGACUGGAGGCACUUUAGGGGUGACCAUACUUACGUACCGAUUACCAAAAUGGGUUACUGGCAGAUUGAUGUGGGAGAUAUUCUUGUUGGGAAAAUUUCAACAGGGUUAUGCCAGGGUGGUUGUGCUGCCAUUGUGGACUCAGGGAUAUCCUUAAUCUCCGGUCCAAUGGCUGUUGUGACUCAAAUCAACCAUGCCAUUGGAGCAUCAGGAUAUGUCAGUUUUGAAUGUAAAAAUGUGAUCCAUAACUAUGGGAAUAUGCUAUGGGAAUUCUUAACCGCUGGGUUACAACCUGAAUUUAUAUGUGUUGAAAUAGGACUCUGUUCACACAAUAAAUCUCAUAUAGUGGACAAUGUUAUUGAAACAGUAGUGCAUGAUGAAAGUUUAGGUGGAUCGAGGAGGGAGAAGCCGCUUUGUACUUUCUGUGAGAUGAUCGUGUUUUGGAUCCAAGUUCAGCUUAAGGAAAAGAAUGUGAAGGAAAGAAUAUUUGAGUAUGUAGAUGAGCUGUGUGAGAAGCUCCCCAAUCCGGGGGGACAAUCAUUUAUAAACUGCAAUGAUGUUGCAGCAAUGCCAUCCGUGACAUUCACCAUUGGAAACAAGCCCUUCUCUCUCUCCCCAGAACAGUAUAUUUUAAGAGUUGCACAAGGGCACUCUGCCGUGUGCUAUGUGGGUUUUGCUGCUCUAGAUGUGCCUCCUCCACAAGGUCCCCUAUGGGUGCUAGGAGAUAUAUUCUUGGCAGCAUAUCACUCUGUCUUUGACUAUGGUAAUCUUCGUAUAGGAUUUGCAAAAUCUGCGUAGUCCCGGCCCACGUUGGUUGGUGUCAUUACGAAUCCAAAUUGCUUGCAAAGUAGAAGCAGAGAAGAGAUUCACUUAAUUUACGGCAAAUAAUAAAUAAAUCUCCUUGUAAAUGGUGCCCGCUUUGUCUUGUGAAUUAUUUCUAUGAUGUUUCGAUUCUUAACUAGCCAAUCAUUCAAAUUUCCCUUGCUACACAAGGCAAAGAGAGAUGGCUGGGGACCAUUGAGGAAGAAAUAGACCAGAAUACCUUAAAGAAACGAAAGCACGAAGCCGUCGUGUUGUGAGAUUCUUGAAACUAA